UUUUCUUAAUUGAUAUUACGAUCUAUAAAAUUAAAUUAAUCACCUAUUUAUAUAUAGUGUAAGAAAACAACAGUUUAAAUAAUUAUGUUUAAAGAAAUAUUUAGAAACACAUUCGCUUAGCGCUAUAACCUCAAAUAGCAAAUCAAAACAAACACUAAAAAUGGCACAGCGAUUUGACCCAGCGCUUUACAAUUUCCGUAAAAAAAUGCCGUACGUAAGCAAGGAUCUUUUACGAUGGUUCCCGGGCCACAUGAAUAAGGGUUUAAAACAAAUGCAACGUAAAUUGAACAGUGUUGACUGCGUGAUCGAAGUCCACGACGCAAGGAUACCCUUCACGGGUCGAAAUCCGAUAUUUACAAAUACUUUAACAGGCGCGAAGCCGCAUAUAUUGGUGUUAAACAAGAAGGACUUGACAAUAAAGUCGUUAAUACCAAAAAUAAGGGAUCAGUUGAAAGCUGAACAGAAUAUUAAUAAUGUAGUGUUUACAAAUAGUAAAGACCAGCUGUGUCGAGGUCUAAAGACGCUCAGGCCGCUGCUGGUGGAUCUGAUAAAGAGUUCAAACAGAUACAAUAGAAGUGAAGAGCUAGAUUACAAUGUGAUGAUCAUUGGAGUGCCCAAUGUUGGAAAGUCAUCCUUGAUAAACAUGCUCAGGUCCAAGAAUAUGAGUGUGAAGCAUACCCUGCCAGUCGGUGCAGUAGCUGGUGUCACCAGGAGUCUGAUGACGAAGAUGAGGAUCAACAAUAAUCCCACAAUUUUUAUGCUAGACACUCCCGGUAUCCUGGAGCCUUCAGUAACGGAUGUGGAAAUGGGGCUCAAGUUGGCGCUGUGCGCAUCUCUGCAGGACCACCUUGUGGGUGAGGAGAUCAUAGCUGACUACAUGCUGUACUGGCUGAACAAACACAGCAAGUUCAAGUAUGUAGACUUUAUGGCACUGGAGGAACCAUGUGAUGACAUUAAUAAGGUAUUACUCGCGGGGGCUAUCAAGUUUAAUCGCUUGAGGAAAGUUCGAGACUUCGACGGCAGGGUGCGCGACGUACCAGACCUACUAGAGGUCGCUAGAACCUUUAUUAAAGCCUUCAGGACUGGAGAGCUCGGCAAUAUACUGUUAGACAUAGAUUUACUAUUCAAUAAAGAUAAACUAGAAAACAAUAAUCUGGAAUAAAAACAAAGCAUGUCCAGGUGAGGGAUGGUUGUACAAGGGUAGUUUUCCGUCUGUCACAAUAGAUUU